UCUCAAACAAACGUUUUACAUCUUUUUCAAUGCACUUUAAUGUUUCUGCUUGCAGCUAAUGCUGAAAAUUGGUGGUACCAGAGGAAAGCAAAACUAAUACUGUAUUAGUGAACUUCAACUGAUAUUCAUCAGAAAUUUGUGUUCUUACCGGCUGAGACGGAAUACAAUUGAUGCUUAGAUGACGACUAAGUAGUUUUUGAUUUGGCGAACGCGUUCAAUUUUGUAGGAUUCUGAAUUAAAUAUUUACUUGGUACGCAGACUAAACGUUGCCUCUAGGAUUGGAAACAUGAGCUGCAUCAAACAAGAACCUCGAAGUGUUUCCCCUCACUGCCCAAAACCUGAUGAAUCUGAGGAGCCGCUGGGAACAGCGAUGGAGACGGCAGCUGAGGAUGUCAACAUUGACACUGAGGAUAACUCCUCUGAAGUAAUUGUGACCAAAGAAAUGGAGGAAGAAGAGCGGCACCUGAUGGCAGAAGGGGAAAUAAAAGACAAGGAAAUAAUGGACAAGGCUCGCCAGGAGUUGGAGAAGGAAAGUCAUGAAAUCCGCUAUAAGAGACUGCAACAUUUACUCAAAAAGAGCAACAUCUACUCUAAAUUUUUGUUGAGCAAAAUGGAGCAACAGCAGAAUGAGGAGAAAAUGAAAAAGGAGAAACUUGAAAAGAGGGGCAAGAAAAUCCCUGAUGGUGCUGAGCCUGGAAAAGAUAAAAAGAGAAGAAGAGAGGAGGACUACAAAAUUGCUGAUGUUAUGUCUAAAGAAGAAAUCAUGUCACAGGCGAAGAAGGUGAAAGUCAACGUGGAAGAAGUCUCCACCCAGAAGAAACUAGAAGCCAAGGAUAUAGAGAACAUGAGUGAUUCCAACCAAGACAUCAAGAAUCGUUUGGCAGAGACUGUGCGAGACAAUGCCAAACAUCUUCUGAGCCCUGACAGGAAGGUGAAUGGGAUGCCAGUUCCUGCUCUGCAGCCACAACUCUUCACCGGUGGGGUCAUGAGGUGGUAUCAGAUCGAAGGCAUCGAGUGGCUUCGGAUGCUGUGGGAGAAUGGCAUCAAUGGGAUCCUGGCUGAUGAAAUGGGACUGGGAAAGACAAUUCAGUGUAUUGCACACAUCGCCAUGAUGAUUGAAAAGAAAGUCAUGGGCCCAUUCUUGGUGGUGGCACCACUCUCAACUCUGCCCAACUGGAUCAAUGAAUUCAAACGCUUCACACCCGAGGUGUCUGUGCUGCUUUAUCAUGGCCCCCAACCAGAGAGGGGUAAACUGCGAAAGAAAAUGAACAGAUUCCAGGGGUCUCUCAAUAUGUAUCCUGUCGUUGUCACCUCAUUUGAGAUUGCAAUGAUUGACCGAAAGUUUCUUCAGCGGUAUCAGUGGAAGUACUUGAUUGUGGAUGAAGGCCACAGAAUUAAAAACCUCAACUGUCGACUAGUGAGGGAAUUGAAAACGCUGCCCACCGACAACAAGCUGCUGCUUACCGGGACUCCACUUCAGAACAACUUGGCUGAGCUCUGGUCUCUACUCAAUUUUCUCUUGCCAGAGGUUUUUGAUGACCUGAAGAGCUUUCAAUCUUGGUUUGACAUUGACACACUCGGCGAGGCUGAAAGUUUGGUGGCCGCUGAGCGCGAACAGAGCAUUCUGAGCAUAUUGCACCAGAUUCUGACUCCUUUCCUGUUGAGGAGAUUGAAGAGCGAUGUGACACUGGAGGUUCCUCCAAAGAAAGAGAUAAUUGUUUAUGCCCCUCUGGCUGCCAAACAGGAGAUUUUCUACACUGCUGUGAUGAACAAAACCAUCGCACAAGUGCUUGGUCAACAAAAGAGUGAAACGCCUGUGUAUUUGACACCAAAUGGUAGACCAAAGCGUCGCACUCAAAAGAUUGUUGACUACAAUGAAGCAGAGGAUGAUACUCCUCUAAGCCUGGAGAAAUAUCUGGAAAAGAUCCAAAAGGAGCAGGAGAAGAGUCCCUCUCCAAUACUGGACAUCCAGUGCCCUCUGGAUGCUGAGAUAAACCUGAAGAUGCGAAAUAUCUUAAUGCUGCUGAAAAAGUGCUGUAAUCAUCCUUACCUGAUAGAAUAUCCCCUGAAUCCGGCCACACAAGAAUUUAAGAUUGAUGAGCAGCUCGUACAGUGUUCUGGGAAAUUUCUUAUACUGGACAGACUCCUGCCUGCACUCAAGGAACGAGGACACAAGGUACUCAUCUUCAGUCAGAUGACUUCCAUUUUGGACCUUUUAAUGGAUUAUUGCUAUUUGCGUGGCUUCAACUACAGCAGAUUGGAUGGCAGCAUGUCGUAUCCUGACAGAGAAGAAAAUAUGGCCAAGUUUAACAAAGAUCCAGAUGUUUUCAUUUUUCUACUCAGCACCAGAGCUGGAGGACUUGGGAUCAACCUGACAGCUGCUGACACUGUCAUUAUUUUUGACAGUGACUGGAACCCCCAGGCAGACCUGCAGGCUCAGGACCGCUGUCAUCGCAUUGGGCAGACCAAACCAGUGGUGGUGUAUCGCCUGGUUACAGCAAACACCAUUGACCAAAAGAUUCUGGAAAGAGCCUCAGCAAAGCGAAAACUGGAACAGAUGGUCAUUCAUAAGAAUAAGUUCAAAGGUAGCAGGGCAGAGUUGAAGCAACCUAAAAGCUGCAUUGAUCUGGAUGAGUUGAUGGAGCUGCUCCAAGCUAGAGGCACUGAGAAGCAAGUGAAAGCAUCUAGGGGGAAGGUGAUCAGCGAUAAAGACCUGGAAAUUUUAUUGGACCGUAGCGACUUGCUAGAUGAGGGAAAAGGAAGAAAAAGGACAGAGAAGGUUGGUGUCUUCAGAGUGAUUGAGAGUGCAGAAUCAUCUGAGAUGACUUGAAAAGACCUGAAAUAUUUACCUUCAAAACAUUCCUUCGGAUGGAAACUAAAGCAAUGCUGCAAUGACUUGAGACUACUGUAUGCUUGAAUAAUUCAGUGAAAUGUUUAGUUGAGCUCCAUUGCCUGUAGUCUGUUUUGUCAUCGGUUUAUUUUACAAGGGCUUUAAUUACGGUAAUUUGAUUGUUCGGGCUACAUUGUCUUUUCUUUCGGUUGACACUGCCUCUGUUCUCUAGUCCCUCUUCAUCGCUUUUCAAAGUGUAAGUUUCAAAGUUCCACAUGCAUCUCAAGAAAUUUGUACAGCAUUGACUUUGAGACACUAAUUGUCAGUCCACACAGUGAUACUUGCAAGCAUGUGAAAGGCAAAACUGAGACUCACGUUAAGAUCCACUUGUCUUUUUUUACUCUCCACCCAAAAAGUCCAAUGUUAUGACAGUUAAUUUACACAUUUACAUCUUUUUAAAAAAUCUUGCUUUUAUUUUCUUAAGUAUGUUAACCCAGGAAUAAUAAUACCGAUUUCUAUAAAUGGGUGCCAAUCCUUCCAUUUCACAAUUUUUUUUUUCCUUAUGAUAAAAAAAGGAAUCCAAAAUGAAAGAAAUGUGAAAAUUUCAUUUUAUUCACUCCGGGAUGUUUGAGCAGAAGGUGCAUGGCGUCAUAUAUUAUUGUGGAUAUUUUUGGUUUUAUUUCCUUAAAAAAUAUUGUAUGUUCUGUAUUUCCAUUGUAGUUUUUCACUGGUUUAGCAGAGAUUGCUGAACAAAAUAAAAACCUGGCAA